AUGGUGUGUCGCUGGGGUCUGGGGCUGCUCUGCCUGGCUGCUCUGCACGGUCACCUCGGGUUUUCUCCGGCACUUGCUAUUGAUCAAAGGCGUCUCUUCUUGGACAAAGACGGGGAGCUGAAGGACGUGAAAAGUGCUGGAGCUGUACAGCCUGCUCUGCUGGGAGCUGUCCCAACUGUGCCAGAUGCAGAGCUGGCAGAUGUUACCUAUGACAGCUUCCAGGACAUUGAUGGACCCGUGUUCCCCUUCACCACCACCACCCCGCCAGGCACGAGCAACGCCUGGAAGCCAGAUGAUGAAGCCAUAGCUGGGGCUGCAGGCUGUCAGGAACAGCAACCAGCUGGAAAAAGUGCCUCUUCUGAAGAGGAAGGAGAGGCCGAAGAGAAAAGCUGUGAGCUGACUUGGAAGAAGAGCCAGAGGCUAGCAAGUGGCUUGAUGAGAUUCAGUGUCAGGCUCCUGAAGGAGGCCCAGCAAGAGUCCAACAGACCCAAUGUGAUCCUGUCACCCCUCAGCAUCGCCCUCGCCUUGUCUCACCUGGCACUGGGAGCAGCAAAUCAGACCGAGAAGCAUUUGCUGGAGGCGAUGCACCUGGAUUCAGUGCCCUGUCUCCACCACACGUUGGGCGCCUUUCGCAGGAGGCUCGCACAAUCCACCCUCAGCCUUGCGUCACGUCUGUACCUGCAGAAAGGAUUUGAGGUGAAAGAGAAGUUCCUGGACGAUUCGGAGAAAUUCUACGGGGCCAAGCCCAUGACCCUUUCUGGGAUCAGUGAGGAUGACCUGGUAGCCAUAAACAAGUGGGUAAAGGAAGCAACUAAUGGGCAAAUACCCACCUUCCUACAGCAGCUCCCUGAAAACACAGUGAUGCUCUUGCUCAACGCAAUCCACUUCCACGGGUUUUGGAGGAAUAAGUUUGAUGUUAGCAUCACUGGGCCAGACGUAUUCCACCUUGACAACGAGUUUGUGGUCCCCGUUGAGAUGAUGAAAGCCCAGGAGUACUCCCUGAGCUGGUUUACGCUGGAGACCCAGGACAUUCAGGUGGCCAAGUUUCCCUUUGAGAGCAACAUGAGUUUUGUGGUCAUUGUACCAAACCAGUAUACUUGGAAUACCUCUCAUGUGCUGGAGACCUUCCCUUACAAACAGCUAUGCAGGCUUUUCCCCAAAGAGAUACCCACCACAGUGAAGAUCCCCAAAAUAAAAUUGGACUACCAGCUGGAGCUCAACAAGGUUCUCAGUCGAAUGGGCCUCCAGGAGCUGUUCACGAGCCCCGAUCUCCAGAAGAUCACAGACGACCCUCUCCUUGUAUCCAGCGUACAACACCAGUCUGCCCUGGAGCUCAAAGAAGACGGAGCAGAAGCGUCUGCUUCUACCGGUGUCGCAAUUUCACGCUCGGUCUCUGCCUUCUCCAUUGACCGACCCUUUCUCUUCAUUAUCUUUGAAGAUGAAACAGGCAUCCCAUUUCUGAUAGGCAGUGUCCAGAACCCUAACCCCAAUGCUGCUCCCCAGAUAAAAGAGCCACGGGACUCACCUGAAGCAACAAAUGUCAAUGAGAGCCCCAUGCCCAAAUAA